AUGGGAGAUGGAGGAGCCCUCCAUACGGAGGGGAACGCCCUCCUCAAAGCCGUCUUCCAGGGCAAGCUGCGACUGACCCGGCUCCUUCUGGAAGGGGGCGCCUACAUCAACGAAGGCAACGAGCGGGGCGAGACCCCCAUCUCUGCUGCCUGCCUGGCUGGUUACGAGGACCCCCAGACCCGCCAGAGGAUGGUGCGCUACCUCCUGGAGAAAGGAGCCGAUCCCAACAUCCCAGACAAGUCUGGGCGGACCGCCCUGAUGCAUGCCUGUGUCGAGCAGGCGGGCAAAGAGGUGGUGUCCCUGCUCCUAGAGAAUGGAGCUGACCCCAGCCUCAAGGACUACACAGGCUCCUCUGCCCUGGUCCAUGCCAUCAACAGAGGUGACCGAGACACCCUCCAGGUCCUGCUGGAUGCCUGCAAGGCCAAGGGCAAGGAGGUGAUCAUCAUCACCACCGACACGUCACCCUCUGGCACCAAGAAGACCAAGCAGUACCUCAACUCCCCCCCAUCACCAGGGGUGGUGGACAAGCUCUUGCCCGUGGCCUGCAUGUCGCCCUCAGAGGUGACGAUCCGGACCUCCAAUUCCCCAGCAGCAGAGAAGGCUGAGGAGGAGGACAGUAUCUUCAGCUUUGCGCUGACAUCAGCAUUACCCCUACCCUCCACUAGAACACUAGGGGAGAAAAGGCUGCCUCCCCGCAAGCUCCUGAAGAGGCUCAACUCGGAGCCUUGGGGGCUGGUAGCACCCUCAGUGCUCAGCAGGGUCCCACAGGAGGGGGUUGAUGGUGGACUGGAGGAGGAAGGUGGGGGUAGGAUCAUCACUGAGAUGAAUGGUCUGUCAAUCUCGGGUCCUGGUAGGCCUCUCCUGUCUCGUCGGCACAGCAUUGAAACACACGACCCCUGCUCGCCCAAACUCAUUGACCGAUCCUGCUCAGAGGACUGCGCAGCCCUUUGUAGCUCCUCCUGGGCCGACAAGGUCCAACAACACCAGAUCCUGUACCGCAGGAACACCGCGCCGGAGUCUCAGGAAAAUACAGGCGGACCAGGGGCGGUGGCUUCACGCGCCCUGGCUUACCCCAAACUUACCCGUAUGGAGCACUAUGAGUCAGACACACACCUGUGUCCUGAGUCCAUCCCUGGAUCUCCAGACUCGGGGCGCGUGUCGGUGGAGCGGAGGAAGUACAACGCCUCGCCCCUCUCUCUGCUCACCACCUCCUCCCGGGAGUCCCUUGAGAGCAUCCCCAAUUCUGUGUCCCCCAUCACCAUGCGCAGACGGCCCCCCGGCCUCCUGGAGCGCAGAGGCUCAGGCACCCUCCUCCUGGACCACAUCUCCCACACUCGCCCCGGGUUCUUGCCCCCACUCAAUGUCAACCCCCACCGGCCCAUCCCAGACAUCCGGGCCAAUGGCAAGCCGACUUCCCCCGUCCACUCUGGUCCCAAGAUCCUGUUUCCAGUUGCCCCUGCCUCACCCAAGAGAGGCCCAGACUUCAAGAUGAAGAAGAAACUGAUGAGGAGGCACUCCAUGCAGACGGAACAGAUGAAGCAGCUCUCCACCUUCCAGGAGAUCCUGACAGAGAAGGUCAUUGAGUCCAAUGGGGACUGA